AUGAAUGGCAAGGAAGGGGACACCAUGGAGCUACAAACGUUGUUGAGCCCAAGACAAGAAGAAAAGGAAAGCGUUGAAAGUAAAAAAGAGGAUAUAAACUCAAGUGAAGGUAGCUGGUGUCGACUAUACUAUUAUUAUUACAAACUAGUAAGAAACUCUUUGGAGCUUAAAUCAAAAUUUACUAUUCAUAUUGAAAAGCGCCAGCUGGAUGAUUUCCGUUAUAAAUAAAAUCACCCUGAAUUGUACGAUCAUUUAAUUUCAACCGGAUGUCGCCCUGCCAAGGUAUUCCGAUUCUAAAAACUUUUCGUCAUCGCUGUUUCAAUUUCUUGGAGUGAAACUAAGUUAACUAGUCUCCCUACCAAGGCAAAACAAAGCAACACAAAAUCAUUACUCAUUUGCGAUGGGAGAUCGCCCUCACAUGGAAGUCCUCCAGCUGGGUAAACUCUUUGCUACCGUGGAUGAAUAGCUGAAUGUCCUUUGUAUCACACUGUACAGAGUCUACAGUUAAACCCGAGCAACUACCUUUAGAGAGAUAUUUUCGUUUUUAUUACAUUUACGUUCGUGACAUGAACUUUUAAUACAAGCUUGUUAGUAGUUUUGACUACGUAAAAGUUCAAUUUGAACAACACUUGCCUGAGGUAAUAUAUUAUAGCUCUUUUUAAUUAGGCUCGCAUGAAUGAAUUGAAAGUUAAACUAAGCAGUAUUGGCCUACUGUAUCUUUUAUAAGGCUAUAUAUUCUUUCAGAUUUUUAAAUAAAAAAAUCAGUAAACUAAAGGUGCAUUUUUUUUUCAGAAAUAAGAAAUUACACGCUUUGGAAAAACGCAGCUAUUUUUAUUUCUUGUGCUUCCAUUAUUUUUACCACUGUGUUUGGUUUAACUUUCUUCGGUAAGUAAACACGCAGUUUUGUUUCAGCCUCUUGUGGUUUAUAUAGAUGCUCCAUUUUUUAAUAUUGUUACUGUUUUAUUUUCGAAUAGUAACUUCUCAAAUUGCUAAAAGUCCAGCAGCUUUUGGAUUUGCCGUAAGUCACAUUUUCAUUCGUUUUAGUGUAAUACGAAAUUAAUGUAAACAAGGUAAACGAAAUGUACACUUAAAUUAGAAGAAUAAUUUCCAUUUAGUUCUUUGAUCUCUAAUAGCUAUUUGGAAAGUAGUGAUUUUCAGCUAUAGAAAUGUUAAACGUGAACAAUGGUGAAAAUUUACGCAGUAUCCUUAAAAAAGUAGCCCUUUUAGUGUUUAUAAGGUUUAAAGUCAAACCAACGAAGACAGGGUUGUUACAGCUGUAACAUUAUUUAAAAUAAACAUAAACGUUACCAUUAUAGUCGGCUUCAUCUGACACAUUUACAUACGGCAACUCCAAUGAAUAUUGUACUUGAAUUUUGAUUGGGAAACUUUGGCUGUUAUAAACCUAACUAUACUUAUUACUACCUUGCUUUUCUAGGAAUACAUUUUUUUUUCUUUAAUUUUUAUUCUUCCACAGGUGUGUGAAAAACAAAUUUUAAAAUAUUCUUUGUAAACAACUAAAAAACAUUUUACUUGAAAAGGCUGAAUUAAAACAUGAUACUGUAGGAACAAAAUACAUUACAAUACAAAGACUAGAUGAACUCUUCGAACCUUUAUCAACGGCGUCUUCACCACAAUAGCAGCUUUCGUUUAUUUCAUUAUUCUAUUUUUUCUUUGAUUUAAUAUACAUUGGUUUUUUUUUAUUCCGAUGAAAAGUCGAUAAAUUCGAUUUUCAUAACAUGUUUCAUGAGAAUUUCAACGCGAAGAGGGAGAGGGAGGCGUCCAUUCCUGAUCUUCCGGUUCUUCGCCUGCGCGUAAUUUGACGCCCUUCCUUCUGGUUUACGAUGCUGAAUAGCGUACUGACUUUGAAAAGUCUAAUUCCAGUUUUACGUGCUUUAAAGCACUACAACCGCUCCACAGCUUCACUGACAGUUUCCCUUAUGAUAAACCAAAAAAGCACAAUAUUCUGUUUCAAUACCAAUUUGCCGAUUUCGCAAAGGUAACUCAACAUCUCAGGCCAUAACUGAGCUCACUGACACUCUAAGGAAGGUUAUUGAUAGCAACCUAUACACCUCUGAUGUUUUCCUGGAUUUCUCGAAAGCGUUCGAUACUGAAAAUCACGAAAUUUGUCUCCAAAAGUUAGAAGCAUAGGGUAUUACAGGUUUGAAAUGGUUCAGUAGCUACUAGACUUUCAAAAAAGUCCUUCAUCUGAUCUGAUAUGGCGCGGGGACUCGCGACUUCGUCGCUCGCUUGGCCGCUUCAGGGCCUAAAUAGCUCGCUCCGUUCUGCUUAAAAAACUCGUGGGGUCGACUUGUAGCUAGUCCAAGUAGCUACCUAACAAACAGGCAACAGCGACACUGCACUACGAAAGGCAGGCCUGCUCCACACGUAUCCGGAUAUUUUUGAAUCCUCAACUUUUCCUUUCCGGAUACGGCUUCCGUCCACACGUAUCCGGUGAAUCCGGCAGACGAAUCCGCUCUUCAGAGUUGAAUACGCUACGAAUCCGGAAUAGUGUGGACCCUUGAUCCAGAUAUCUUUUUUAUUCGGUGACGUAACAAGAUCGAGCCCAGUUCUUUACCGUGAAUACUGUAUUCAAGAUGGUAACCUCAACGCAUGUUCUGUUGCCAAUAUUCCCAGAGGAGUCCAGGGUACCAGGAUGAAUCCGGAUACGUGUCGGACACGUGUGGACGGGUAAAUUCGAUUUGAAUACGGAUACGUUUGGACGUGGAAAUUUUUUAAUCCGGAAAGAAAAAGUUGCGAGUUCAAAAAUAUCCGGAUACGAGUGGAAGGGGCCACAGAAUUGCCUAUGCAAACGAUGAGCUGUGGAAUUCCCAAGGGUAGCACAUUAGGACCAUUACUUUUUAUUAUUUAUAUAAACGACUUACCCAACUGCUCCGUUGAUGAUAACAACGCAUUCGACUCGGCGAACGACCUUAAAACCCUUGAGGCUCUUGUGAACUGCGAACUUAAUUUGAAAAGGUGAAAGAAUAGAGUGAUGUAAAUAAAUUGUCUGUAGGUACGGGAAAAACUAGCUUUAUAAUAAAUGAGUCAACUGAAAAAAAAGGCUAGGACAGUUAAAUAUUCAUAUAAGAAGCCAGAAUGGAACGUGCUACUCUCUGGUUCGCAAGGGCCAAAAAAAUAUUUAGGGUAAUGAUCAAUGAUCAUGCAUCUCAAGGGAAUAGCAUAUCUCAUAUAUUUGCACACGAAUUGCCGUUAAUAUAAAAAUCAGGGCCUUUUCUAUCUGUUAAGUUACUACAACUUAAUUUAUCCUUACGUAUUAUAAAAAAGUGCAAAUUAAGCAAAAUCUUGUAGCUUGGUUAAUAUCCUUUGUAAACAAACAGGGUAUAGAUAUCAAGAGUGCUCUCCCGUUGCUGAAUUUGCUAGACAUGAUACUCAGUAUACAACGUUUAUUAUCUGCAUACCUUAAAAUUUACCCAUCUCUGGCAUAAAGGUUUACUACCCGAUAUAUUUCGAGACGCCUUUCAUUACGCUAGAAUGUCCAAUAGGUCGCUUUUUCAAAAAAAUCAAACGUUAUCUACUGUCCGGGCAAUAUUUGCCGAAACCAAACAUUACCUAAUUCUGCCUAAACUCACUUUGUUUUAAAACUUCUCCGUAUUACUUUUGCAAAAAAAUAUUGUAAAUUGUUCUUUUCUGUUUUAUGAUUUAUUUCAAUUCAGUAUAUAUUUUGCUCUUUCUGGUUCCUCGCCAGUAUAUAUUUUUAACGAAACGUAAUCAGUAUUAUGGUGGCCAACUUAGUCAUCAUACUCGAACUUGAAUAUUAAUAGAAACGUUUAUAAAUGUAACUGGGAACAACUAGCUAAAAAGGCUGAAACUUAGCACUAGGUAAAAUAUUGAAAGAAAAUAAACUGAAUUGAAUUGAAACCCAUGCGCGUAAGUCAAAAGCUUUAUUAAGCCCAUCGAAAUCUAAUCAGGAAUCAGAAAUCAUUAAUCAGACGGCCCCUUUGCGCUUGCGUAAAAGAAGGGUGGGAUUUUAAGUCCAAGUAUCACAAUCUAUGAAUCAGCACAGAGUUUUAUUAUGAGUACUAGCAUGAUUAUUUAUCGCUUUAGUUUGAGCCCUAUUUGAUUUGCAGUUUGCGGCUGUGUUGGACUCGUUCACUUCAGCAAUUGUUUUGUGGAGAUUUGCCGGAAUAGAACGCAAUGACUCCGAUUUCUCCGAACGCGAACAAGAAAAAGAAAGAAGGUAUGUCAACAAAUUGUUUGUUCGAAUUACCCUACAGUAGCGGUCAUUUGAUAGCCUGAGUAAACAGACGACAUUUAGAGACUCUACCACCGGUUUCCCGCGCCAAAUGACGUCUGAGAAACGAGCGCAGAAAUUGCAUAUUGAUGACACGUCACUACCGAGAUCUGGGUAGCGCUUCUGGUUGGUUGCAUCAAAUUUCCCACGCGGCACUACCAAUCAGAAGCACGACCCAGUUCUCGGUAGUGACGCAUCAUCAGUAUGGAAUUUCUGCGCUCGUUUCUCAGACGUCAUUUGGCACGGAAACCAGUGGUAGCGUCGCCAAAUGUCGGCUGUUUUCUCAGGCUAGUCAUUUGACAAUGAGGUGUGCAUCCAGUUUACUAAAGCAACUGCUCCUUGUAAUUGAAUCCAAGAAAUCUUGGAAUCUGGUUUCCAUGCCAUGGACCCCGGAUUCCAGGUACGAGAUUCCAGGAUUCUUUGUCAGUGGAACUUGGAUUCCGGAUUCCUUAAGCUGUAUUCCGGAUUCCAAAGCCCAGAAUUCCUGUUUUUACAAGCAAAAAUUUUCCGGAUUCCGGAAUCCCUUACAUGGGUUAGAUCCUGGGAAGUUAAAACAGUCCAUUCCAGUGUAAAGUUGGAAAUGACUGUGGAAUGAAAGAACUAAGAUGCGUCUAUUUGAAGUAAAUAUACCAGUCACAAACCUGUUAACAGGUCUGUAUAUUAUCGUUUAUUUUCAAAUUUCGGGCGCCUUUCUCCUACCCUAGGUGCCAGAGACUUUUCAAGCUCAGUCACGGUUUCAGGCACGUCUUUAUAUUGUCUUUAUAGCGAAAAACUUCGCCACUAGUGGCUUUGAAAGGCCAAGGACGUAUCGGCCUACGCCGACCCGAAGCAUCUCCGCCGCACUCAAUCGCCGUACCCGAGAAAAAUACCACCGGUAGCGGUAUUUGUGAAUAGUCUUCUUUAGGUCGGUUGAAGCAAACUUUAUUUGAACGUGUCAUUGGGGUUUGUAUUCAAGGGUAAUUUUUGAUACGAGAAGGGACUAUUCAUAUCAUAAUACCCGUCUGGAUCUCAAAAAAAGCGAUUGCUUGACAUUUUACACUGUAUGCUUCAUUUUGCUUCAUUUCUUUACCGCAGGGCUUGUAUAGCAAUUGCUAUUUGUUUUAUCCUUUCCUCAUUUGCCAUAGCCAGCAAGGCUGUAUAUACGUUAGCAGUAAACGGAACUCCUCGCAAGGUAUUUUAAUACACUGAGCCAUUCCAAAUCGUAUCCAAAGUCCACAGGCUUACCGGUCAGGUCAGCGGAGAAACGCCAGGACAGACUUACGGCGAUCAUGAGCUGACCAAAGAGCUUGAGAACUUUGGGUAUAAGAUUAGGUCAAAUAUUCUUUUUUUUUUCAUCCUGAGACGCUGACAAGCAAUAGGGACGUGAUACCAACAAUAGAAAAUAUCCGUUCUUAUCCCUAACUGCCAAGAGCUAGGAUUGUUCAAAGAAAUUAAUUCUACGUAGAGAUAAAGAAAUGAAAAUACACAACCGUACACAUGCUUUCAGUCGAGGAAGCCCCUAAAACCGACAGUAUUUUGGCCCUACUUUACUUUUACUUGAGGUGCGUAUUCCACACACUAAAAUGGCUCCCACAAUGCAAAGCUAAAACACAUAUUUUAAAUAUACAGUGCAAUGUAGGUGAAAUUGAAGUGAGAGACUAAACCGCCCUUUGUAUAUAGGAUAAUGCCAGAGCCCCAAGGCCUUCUUAAAAAUCAUGACCGAGCGCGUAGCCCUAGGUUAUUAUUUUGUGCGUUGUCCGAUUCAACGCACCUUUGCAUUGUUUUAGAACCACUGAAGUGGAGUAGUGGGUUAUUUUUAGUAUCCUCUUUCAUUUGUUGAAAAUGACAACCUGCGAAACAAAUGGUAAGGAGCUAAAGUUUGAAUUCACUAUUUUCACAUAGACAAUAAUGCACUUUGUUUACCUCCCAAAAUUUUGCGUAACCAUUGUCUUUGAUUUCUCUUCGGAUGACUGUAAUACCCCAGAGAAAACGGAAACAAAGGCUAUGCAAAAUUUGGGGCGGGGGGUAAGCAAGGUGCUUUAUGGUCUAUGUGAAAAUGGUGAAUAACAAAUUUGACCGUAAGAUGUUUCCUAAUGUUUCAGCAAUAUUUGAUGGAAAUUCUCUCGAUUGCAAGUCUUCUGUUUCUCAUUUUCCUGGUUGGUGUCAAGUGCUUGAUAGCCCACAAAGUCCACAGCAGAGCUAUGAGAACUGAUGGUAAUAAUAAAUACUUGGCUAAUUUAAAAUAUACUAAGGCCUGGUCAAUGACAAAAGUUUAAAAAACUGUGGAAGCGUUUAUUUUCUUGUUUACAUACGUUUGAUUACGUUAGAGGUAUGUUGCGUAUUUUCCCCAAACCUUCAAAGUCGGUUCAUUUUGGCCGAGUGAAAAACACAAACGUUUUCUGGCACCAAUCAGAAGCCAGAAAGGCGGCGACCGUUUGGAACUAGUCUGGUAAGACAUUGUCCCCAGGGGCUCUUCUUGCCGUACUUUACUUUUCUUCGUGCGAUAUUUUUCCGCCCGUUUAGACUCGCCCCCACUAUCUGCCCCUGGGUCUCCGAGGAUGACGUCUGCUGAGAAACUUCACACUAAGUUGAGUCGCAGGUUGUAGGUGCACCUUGCUGGCUGGGAACUCUUCCAUCAGUCUUGCUGGGAGUGAGGAAGAGAUGAAUUUUUCCCAGCAAUCUCUGCUGCCCAAGAUGCUUAAAAUGACUUCAGAAAGCUUUAUUCAUGCUUUUUUGUUGUUGUUGUUAGGUCUUUUUCUCAACAUUUCCCGUUGGGUGCCCCUGAACUUGUAUAGUGACGUAUUUGAGACUGAUUCAAAACUUCUCGUAUCUUAAAAUAAUUUUCCAAUAGAUAAGCUUAUUGGUAAGUCCAACCAAUACCCGAAAACUGGAUCGAAACGCCACACAAAAACAAAACAAGUGUUAAAAGAUGAUCUAGAGAGGUGCAUUGUUUACCAAUUGAACAACAUACUGUGAAAGACGACUCUUAAGAUUUUUCAUGGUAAAACCCACAACUGAUCGAUCACAAGAAAAAGGCUAACACCACAAAAUGCCCCUUUCCUCUAAACUUCGAGCUGGCCAUCAAGUUGGGGUUUCACGCCCGAUUCGUUUAGUUUCACUUGCGCAUGAUCAUGAUGUCACUUGCAACCCGGCGCGUUUGCGGAUCGCUGCUCUCGUCUGAUCUCGCUCGCUCGCUAAGAGAGCCUGCUAGCAGGCUACCAGGCUACCCUUUCUCCCCCUACAACCAUUAAUCGUCUGUCUUUUUUUGUCUUUUACAGCGUUUAACUCCCUUGCCGGAGCAGCAAUGACCCUUGGCAUGAUUGCAAGCGACGUUGUUUGUGAAAAGAACCAUAAAAUCUGCUACUUGGAUUCGGCCACAGCAAUUCUCAUAGCCAUUGCUCUUUUCUCUUAUGGCAUAUUGUAA